AUGGGCCGCCAGGAGCCCGCGCACAGGGCCAGGGCGCUGCUCCAUUCCGAGGCCUCGGAGCGGGAGCAGGAGCUCACCGCCGUGCUGCCGUGCCGUGUGCCCCAGAGCCCAGACAACCCCGCGAGGUCGCCGCGGCACCCUACCUUCGUCGAGUGCGAGACGGUGAUCUCCGAAAUGGUGGACUCCUCAGACGCCCCGAGGAAGGCCAAGUCGGCCCAGCCCGGGGAGUUCGAGAUGCUGUCCGUGUGGAACAGGCCCGAGAAGCCCGUCACCUCGCUGAAGCGCCUGCAGACCCGCAUGCAGGUCGGCCCUGGAGGCGAGGACGAGCCCGAGCCCGACUCCCAGCUGCUGAAGAGGUGCUCGCGGCUCCGGGCGGUCCACCCCGAAUCGGCGACGCGCCUGUGCUGGGACUGCGUCGCCCUUGUCCUGGUCGUGUACGAGUGCGUGAUGAUCCCGCUGCUGCUGCUGGAGACGCCGGUGUUCAGCGGACUCGGCACGAUGAUCUGGGCCACGCGGGUGUUCUGGUCCGUCGACUUGCCGUUCAGCGCCGUGACGGGCUACCUGACGGGCGAGGGCGCCACAGAGCUGCGCGCCACCAAGGCCCUGAGGCACUACGUGUGCACCUGGUUCCCGCUCGACUUCGGGCUCGUGCUGAUGGACUGGGGCGAGCUGAUCUUCGGAGAUGCGACGGGUGCCAACGCGGCGCGCAUGGGGAAGACCAUCAAGACCGUCCGCAUGUUGCGGAUGAUGCGCCUCUGCCGCCUCGCCCGCAUGAAGACCCUCCCCGAGAUGGUCAGGACGUUCAUCGAGCGUUUCCAGUCCGAGCUGGCGCACAUCAUCGCAGGCCUCGUCAAGAUGAUCGUCAUGAUCAUCUGGUUCCACCACGUCACUGCGUGCGUCUGGCUCUACCUCGCGAUGUCGAGGUCGGAACGGAGCGACCGAAACUGGCUUGACAAGUAUGGCCUGUCCAGAGAAGGCUUCUAUUACCAGUAUUGCACAAGCUUCCACUGGUCCCUGACCCAGUUCGCAGGAUCCAUGGAGGUUACCCCCACGAACUCGACGGAGCGCUUGUUUGCCGUAUGUUCCUUGCUGGUGGCUUUUACGGUAGCUGCUUGGGUGGUGUCAACCCUGACCACCUCCAUGACGCGCCUCGAGAUCGCGGCUGGGGAGGAGGGCAAGAAGCUGACCGACCUGACCGAUUGGCUGAUUGACAACCAGAUCUCCAGCGCGCUCAUGGCGCGGGUCAGGCGCAACUUCCGCUUCGCCAUGCUGGAGGAGCGGCGGGGCCGACCCAACGUCGAGAUGCUGAGGAUGCUGUCGAAGCCGCUGCAGGCGGAGCUCAGUUUCGAGGUGCACAUGAAGACACUGGGUGUCCACCCCUUCCUGCGCACGUACGCCGUGAGCUUCGAGUCCGUCGCGCAGCAGGUCUGCUUCCGGGCGGUGGGCCUGCUGCAGGCGGUGGAGGGCGACCAGCUGUUCCUCGAGGGGCAGGCGCCGCUGGAGCCGAAGGUCUACUUCGUGACCAGCGGUGCCCUGGCCUACGCCCAGCACCGCCGACGACGGGCACGUCACGACCGAGGAGGUGCACUGCGAGGAGUGGGUCAGCGAGCCCGCGCUGUGGACGCAGUGGGUCCACCAGGGGCUCCUCGGCGCCAGGGCCGUCAGCGCGGUGCUGCAGCUGGACUGCCUGGAGUUCCAGGGCAUCGCCUCCUCGGCGGCCGGCCUCGCGACGGCCCUGGCCUACGGCAGGGAGUUCGUGCGCCAGCUCAACCGCGGCCGCCUCACAGACCUCCGGGACCUCGACAUGGACCUCGAGUCCAUGGCCCUCGACGCGAUACCGGAGAAGCUGCGGGGCAGCACGGGCCGUCGGAGGCGGAACACAACGGCCAGGAGCGUCCGGCGGGCGACGGCGUCGCUUGUCAAGAGCCGCAGCCUGUACUGACAGGAGUCGCCAGGGACUGCUACUCUUUCCCCCCCCCCUCCCCUCCCUCCAAGGCGGGGGUCAUCCAUGACCACCGCUUGGUUGGAGCAGCCUGGGGGUCUGAGGUUGCCCAGCAUUGGUCCCGGGAGGGAAAUUAUGUGGGAAGUCAUGGUAGCCUUGUUGCAACAUUUGGCCUGUCUGUUUUGUUGUUUUUCGCUGGAUUAGUGCUCUUUAGUGCUCUUUAG